GAAAAUAAUAUAAAAAUGAGAACUGCAUUCGCUGAUUAAGUUUUCUAGGGUUAGGGUUUAAGCGGCUCCGAAGAAAUAAACAGAGUCAUUUUGAAGAUACAACAAUCGAAAUGUCGAAGAAGAACGAUUUAGGUCGUAGAAAGAGACUGCACGAAUUCGAGCUUCAAAGAGAAAAGGAACAGAAAGAAAAGAAAGAGAAGAAGCUUCAAGCAAAGAAGAAUAAGAUGAAACUUGACAGUAGUAACAAGACAAAGAAAAAGGGUGCUAGUGGGUUUUCAGUGAAGAAGAAAAAAGUGAAGACCAAAUUGACUGCAUUGGCAAAAGCUAAAGCUGCCCAGGCAAUGGAGGUCGACAAAUGACAAGUUAAAUUCAAACUUAAUGUCUUAGGCUUAUGUCGAUAGGCAGGCAAGUAAAAGAAGUCCAUUGCUGUUGAAUCGCAGCCUUCUGCAAGUUAUAAUUUUGACAAGUUGAUAUCUAGCAUUGUCGUCGGUGUUCACAUGAUUGUUCCAAUCAGUUUGCUUAUGGAGAUGAACAUAUGUCCUCACUGGAAAAUUUUUGAAUUUUAUGAUACUACAAUGUUGCUAUUGUUUACAUAUAUGUCUGACGCAACUAUACUGCGUAGUUUGUGAAAAAUUGAAAGUGGUAUUUCUCUUUUUGUGCUA